AACGGUCGAACGCUAGACUACAAAAGUGUCGCCUCCCACCAACAGUACCAUUUUGAUAUUCCUUUUUGAUACUUUAUAUAAUUCAUCAAUACAAUACCAUGGGUUUCUUUCAGAGCUUUCAAUUCGUAGAAGCAGAUUCAAAGCUCUGCCUAAUUGCAUUUCUCUUUUGACUGCAAUUAUGGGUUUUGUUGAUCACUUUGACUCUUUGGGUCACUGUUAAAGGUAAGAAGGUCUCUCCUUACCUGGUACCACUUCCCUCUCUUUGAGUUUAUAAAACAUUUUCUCAAGAAUUUUUCUGGGUUUUCUAAAUCAGGGUUUCUGAUAUGAUAUCAUAUGAUUGUCAUUUUUUUCCAGUUUUUAAGGGGCUGAUCCCUGAAAUUGGGCAGUUUUUCCUUCAAUUGAAGAUGAAUAUUUGAAGUUCAAAUUGGGAUUUUUGGGGAAAAUUUUUUUGGGUUUUGCUUAAAUUGAUAAAACCUGUACAUUUGAGCUCAAUCAUGGAGAAAACAGAAGGUAAAAAAAUGGAGAAGCAAUCAAGUUUUCGUAGGGUGAUAGAGAAACAAGUUAGCUUUAGAAAUGUGAUAGACAAAUUUGAAAGUUCUGGAAAAACAAUGGAAAAAUUGGGGAGUUUUCGUGGUGCAGUUAUGGAGAAACAGAAGAGUUUUCGUGGUUUAUUAGAGAAACAAAAGAGUUUUCACUUGAUAAUGGAGAGGCAAUUUGGCUUUGUUGGUAGUGAGAAGAAGAAAAACAAAGAUUCCCCAGGAAAACGAGGCGAUUCGCCUCUUCAUUUGUAUGCUAGAGCUGGUAAUCUAAGCAAAAUCAAAGAGAUAUUUCAGAAUUCUGAAAAUGAUGAUUGUAAAAUUUUGCUUUGUAAGCAAAAUCAGGAAGGAGAAACACCCCUUUAUGUUGCUGCUGAAAAUGGGCAUGCUUUGAUAGUAAGAGAGUUUAUGAAAUAUUUGGAUUUGGACACUGCAUCAAUAGGAGCUAGAAGUGGUUAUGAUCCUUUUCAUAUUGCUGCAAGACAAGGUCAUAUUGAGGUUCUGAAAGAACUUCUAUGUACUUUCCCCAACUUGGCUAUGACAACCGAUCCAUCUAAUACAACUGCUUUACACACGGCUGCUACUCAAGGAAACAUUGAAGUUGUAAAUCUCCUCCUAGAAACGGACUCAAACCUUGCUAAGAUAGCCAGAAAUAAUGGUAAAACAGUCCUUCAUUCAGCUGCAAGAAUGGGACACCUGGAAGUGGUCAAGGCGCUCUUAGAAAAGGAUCCAAGUAUUGGUUUUAGGACGGAUAGGAAGGGUCAAGCGGCACUUCACAUGGCUGUAAAAGGACAAAAUCAAGAUAUUGUGAUUGAGUUGCUAAAACCUGAUCCAUCAAUCUUGAGUUUGGAGGAUAACAAGGGUAACACUGCAUUGCACAUUGCAAUGAAGAAGGGACGUACACAGAUUGUUCAUUGCCUGCUACAGUUUGAUGGCAUAGACAUCAAUGCAAUCAACAAGUCAGGUGAGACUGUACUUGAUAUUGCUGAAAAAGUUGGUCCACCUGACCUGAUUUCAGUGCUAAUAGAGGCUGGAGCACUCACUUCGAAAGAACUUGGAAAGCCCCCGAGCACGGAGAAGCAACUUAAGAAAACUGUGAGUGACAUCAAACAUAACGUGAAGUCUCAGCUGCAACAAACCCAUCAAACAGAUGUAAGGGUCCAGAAGAUUGCUAAAAAGCUCAAGAAACUUCACACCAACGGCCUAAAUAAUGCAAUAAACAAUGCAACAGUUGUGGCUGUUCUCAUAGCCACCGUUGCGUUUGCUGCUAUCUUCCAAGUGCCUGGCCAAUACGUCGAGCAGAAGACACCUGGACAAUCUCUUGGACAAGCUCAAAUUGCCAAUAGCAAGGCAUUCACUAUAUUCUUUGUGUUUGACAGUGCCUCAUUGUUCAUCUCCCUUGCUGUUGUUGUAGUCCAGACGUCUGUGGUCGUCAUUGAGCAGAAGGCAAAAAGACAACUCAUGUUUGUUAUAAACAAACUAAUGUGGGUGGCUUGUCUCUGCAUCUCUGUUGCCUUCAUUGCUCUCUCGUAUGUCGUGGUGGGCCCACAUGGUAGGUGGCUUGCAAUAUGGGCGACAGUGAUUGGAGCUGUGAUUAUGAUCCCAAUCAUCGGCUCCAUGUUCUAUUGUGUGAUUAUUCAUCGAUUGGAUGAAUCAAAAUCAAGAAGGAUUAAGAGAGCUGAGAGCAAGUCACUUUCCUAUACUAUGUCGGCUGUUGCUUCUGAUCCAGAAUUCUUGAGCACGGAAUAUAAGAGAAUGUAUGUACUUUAAGUAAUCAAUAGUUUGUGUGUUUUUGUGUAUAAUUAUUACACCGAUAGGGCGUGUGUUGAGCAGUGAUCCAUUUCCUUGAGCUUGACAAGAACAAUUUUUCAGGCAAAGGAAAGAGAAGAUCACAUUUCUAGCUGUGAUUUAAUCUCUUUAAUGUAAGCAUAACCGUCGAUCCCCAUCUCUAUGAUGGCAUCUUUACUGUUAAUAUAAUUGUUUGAUGAGCCA